UUCACAGUCACGCUCUACCUGAAAAGUUCAUCUCUGCCCAAAACCCUCACAGUGACGCCGUCAUGGUGCCACACUGCCACUUUCACUGAUUAUUCGUCGACGGUUCCAACUCAACAAUUUGUUAUCUCUCUGCGACUUCUACUUACAAGUAACAAGUUGUUGGAACUUCUUACGAGUUAAGAGCCAUUUAUUCUGCAUCCUGUUUUUGCUUCAAUAAAAUGGAGACAAAAUCAUCCAGUUCCUCUACAAACUUGGUAGACCAAUCAGUGUGUCCUGGAGAUGUGAUUCUUGAUCUGUCUAACAUGACAAACCAGACAAUUAAACUUGGUGGUGGUCUACGACAGGACUGUGAUGCGAUUUCUGUAAUGAAGGCUGGCAGACUAAGGUUCUCAAAGCCUAAUAAAUACUGGGUUGAAAAUUCUCAGAAGAGGUAUGUGCCACAUGCAGAGGAUUCUGUUCUUGGAAUUGUUGUAGACUCCAGAUCAGAUAACUUUCUUGUUGACAUAAAAGGGCCAGCUUUAGCAUUUUUACCAGUGCUUGCAUUUGAAGGAGGAACUAGAAGAAAUAUACCUAGGUUUGAGAUAGGUACUUUGAUUUACGCACGGGUCGUAAAAGCAAACCCUGGAAUGAAUCCAGAGUUGGCAUGUACUGAUGCCAGUGGGAAAGCAGCAGAAUUUGGUGCCCUAAAAGAUGGCUAUAUGUUUGAGUGUACAACGGGUCUCUCAAGGAUGCUUCUCAGUUCUCCCACAUGUCCAGUACUUGAUGCUUUAGGGAAGAAACUGUCCUUCGAGAUAGCAGUUGGCUUAAAUGGACGUGUUUGGGUCAGUGCAGCAUCUCCACAAACAACUAUUGUUGUAGCUAAUGCGAUUAUGAAUUCAGAGACAUUGAGUGGUGCUCAGCAGAGAAUAAUGGUUGAAAAGCUGCUGGAGAGGAUCCAUUGAUCAAGAUAGUCUUGGUGAGCACUCUCCACUAGACUAGCCCCACUACCUAUAGGGCACAAAGGAUUAUCAACACCUUCAUGUUUAAUUUUUGUCGAGAAAGAAUCAAGAACCUCAGUUUAAUUUUUUAAUUUUAUGACCGAGAUGCAUUUGGUUGGAAUGUAUUUUUUGGGCCAUUCAAUAUCAUUAUUUUUACAAACCAUGAAUUAUUUUAAUUUAAAAUAUAUAUCUAAAUUUAUUUUAAAAAACA